AUGCCAGUAAAUCGUGCUACAUUAGGGUUAUCAAACUUUCCAAGAUACCAGGAAAUUACGAAAUGGAGAUUGAGCGACGCAGUUCUUUGUGUAGUCUUUUCGCUGGUCAACAACGCGAUUGCCAAUGCUGAACCUUUCCAGAGGCAGUUUUUCCUUGCAGACCUCACAAUCUCUCAUCCACACGCGGAAACACAGCGCGUAGGCAGCACUGCGCUUCUGAUGUACAGUUUGGUGUUACCUGCGGUCGUAAUUUGUUGUUUCACGCUACUUGUCGCUGACGCCAAACACAAGCCGUAUUUGCUGUACAUCUCGUUACUGGGGCUCGCACUGUCCUGGAGCACCACGUCGCUUGUCACCGACUACCUGAAAAACUGGAUUGGCCGUCUUAGACCAGACUUUCUAGCGCGUUGCAGACCCAGAGACGGCAUUCCAGGCCAUGUUCUCGUCACCGCGGCAGAAGUUUGCACGACCUCCAAUUUACCCAAACUCAUGGACGGAUUCCGCACGACUCCCUCUGGCCAUUCUAGCGAGAGUUUCGCAGGCUUGGGCUAUUUGUAUCUGUGGCUUUGCGGCCAAUUGCUCACCGAUCUGCCUCAAGUGGGAUCCUGGAGAAAAUGCUUGGCCUCAGUGCCUUUGCUGAUCGCUACAACGGUCGCAUUGUCGCGCACAGAGGACUACAGGCACCAUUUCGUGGAUGUUAUCAUCGGCAGCUGCCUUGGAAUGGCCAUUGCUUUCUGGGCGUACCACAGAAAUUUCCCCAGCAUCAGUAGUCCAAUUCCGUUCAAACCUGUCUUAGACGACACUGAUGUGACUCUUGAAUUGGGUAAAUCCGAAUUUAAACCUCUCAACGAUGAAGAGGAGAACUCCACCGCGAAUUAA